CAUCAGGUACAAAUACAAGUGCAUUUGUCUUUGUAUUUAUUUCUCACAGCAGCACAUCAUGGAUGAAGGAUGGAAGAAACUACUUUUCUUUGGGAGCGUCUGUGUGCUGCUGCAGGUCGCUCACCAGGCGGGUAAGAGUAGCUCAGCUAAAACGGAUGGAGUGAAGCUAAGUGGGACCUUGUUUUCCCCCCAAACUGUCUCUGACUACCAGUACAUCCUCAUGAAAGGGGAAUAUGACUGGAUGACUGCCUCGAGCUACUGCAGUGACCACUACCAAGGCCUGGCCACCAUAACUACUCAAGAGAACAUCACCAGUAUAAACAGCCUGAUGAAGCCUUAUCCCACACGCGCCGCUUGGAUCGGCCUGUAUGACGACGUCAGCGGCUGGAAAUGGUCUCUGCCGGACGAAGGUGUCACCGCGGGGGCGCAGGAGGAGUUUUGGAAUUGGCAGCAGGGUCAGCCGGACAACAACGGGUCGGACGAACGCUGCGUCUCCAUGACGGCCGGCGGCCUCUGGCGGGACAACAGCUGCACGCUCGUCAAUCUGCUGUUCGUUUGUUUCAACGCAAGCAGUGUGGACCCAUACACGCUGGUAUUUGAAGGGAUGAGCUGGGUGGAGGCUCAGAAGUUCUGCAGGCUGCAUGAGACGGACCUGGCCAGCGUGAGGAGUCUUAAGGAGAGUGAGGAGAUCCAGAUCAUACUGCAAGAAAACAUGGAGGUCUGGAUCGGCCUGCACCGGGACUCCUGGAAUUGGUCCGACGGCACCAACUUCUCCUUCAGCAGGUGGUUGGAUGGACAGCCCGAUAUCGACACCAAACCCGAGGCCUGCGUCAGCAUGCUGAACGGGGGGUGGAACGACACCCUCUGCAGCACCGGGUUGUACUUCAUCUGCCAAGGAAUACCAAUAGCAUCCACCACCAUCGUCCAGCCAGUUGUGCAGAGAAGGACUACCACGGUGAAGAUGAAGCUGAUGAGUAACGCCGACCUGGAGGACCCGGCCGUCAGUGACGACCUCUUGCGGCAGUUUGCGGCAGCUCUUAAGUCGCAGGGCGUCACUGACGUCAAGUUGACCUGGAAGACGUUGAGAAAAGAGCCGCAACCCACAAAGAGAGGCGGAAAGUGAUUUUGAAAAGGAUUUUAAAGUGGAAGAAAGAAGAAAAAAAAAGAUUUCUCAAGCAACAUGUUCAAAUUCACCUUGUUUUCAUUUUUCAGUGCUCAUUUAAAUGAUCACACUGUGCUAAAUGUAGCGUUAGCAAAGGUGCCCUUUCUGAUUAAAGAACAUCGGUUGGGCUUAAAGUGAAUAGUCAAAGAACUGAGAGAUAAACUAUUGUGUAACUUUGGUGUGUUUUUUAACUUUGUAGAAUAGAUGAAUGUAAACUAAAAGCUAUUAACUAGCACAUAUGUAGUACAUUUAAACAUAUGUUUAAAUCCGGGGUUUGUUUUAUAUAAUUGACGUACCUGGUUUACAUCUAUUUAGCCUUUGUGCUUAAUAGAUGUCAGCAAACUUUUCAUGUUGCACAAUAUUUCACCCUACUUGGUUAAAAGUAGAAAAAGAAAAGACCGAAGUGGUUUAAUAGACUGCAGAUGUGAAACUGUGACGCUAUCCUUUUUGGAAAUUGUGUAAGUCUACGGUAAAGUGGACGCCGCGCCUGCGUUUGCACGCUGUGCGAAUCUCCAAACCUUCACAUUUAAAUAAAGUACUCAUAAAGAAACACAAGCGACGUCAUUUUCACAAUGGUGGAGGUUUCUGUUUGACUUCACCAACUGGUUUCCUACUUUGUGAAUAUGUUGUGACGUCAACAGAUGAAUGUUGAAGCAUUUCGCUUUUGUUUGAAAGGUUAAAGGCAUGUAGAAAGGGGAGAGCCAUUUGUAGGAAACAUACUCUGUUACUAUAAGUGCAGUCACUGGGCGGAAAGACUUGACUUUCAUUUCUGCGUAAACGUAACUUGAGACUUGCCCUUUGUGUUUAACAAUGCGAUGGCAUUUGUGUUACACGGCAGAUUAAUAGUUCAAGAAUGUACAGUAUGCAGGAGGUGUGACUUAAAAUUGUCCAUAAAUAAAAUCCUCAG